GCCAGGCAACGCCCGCUGGAGGAGUCCUAGCGUAAAAAAGGUCCGGGAGAAGUGUCAGCGGCCAGGAGUGGGACCCUGCAGCGCAUUCUUUCCUUGCCCGCGGCCGUACCCGCGGCUGGGCGGGUUAGGGCAGGGGAAAUGUUGCAGGAGGAGUCGGACCUGUCUCUCAUCAUUGCCCAAAUAGUCCAGAAACUCAAGGGCUCCAAUUUGUAUGCUCAGCUGGAACGGCAGGCCUGGGCCUGUCUUCAGAGACCCGAAAUCAGACUUGAAUCACUCAAAGAAGAUAUUAAGGAAUUCUUUAAAAUAUCAGGUUGGGAGAAGAAACUUCAGAAUGCUGUUUAUAGUGAACUGAAUGUGUUUCCUUUGCCCAGUCAUCCUUCUGCACCCCCUGAGCAUCUCAAAGAACCUUUGGUGUACAUGAGGAAAGCACAGGGAAGUUGGGAAAAAAGAAUUUUGAAGAGUUUAAAUAGUAUGUGCACAGAACUAAGUAUCCCAUUAGCACGAAAGAGACCAGUGGGAGAGCAGAAAGAACUUCUCAAUAAGUGGAAUGAAAUGGGAACUGAUGAGCCAGAUUUAAGCCUUUUUCGACCUGUUUAUGCACCUAAGGACUUUCUUGAGGUAUUAAUUAAUCUCCGCAACCCAAAUUAUGAAAAUGGUGAUUCUCUUAGUUUUAGGACUCAUUUGGGUUUAAUCCAAGUUCCUCUGAAAGUAAAAGACAUCCCUGAAUUGAAAGAAUGCUUUGUAGAACUUGGCUUAAACACAGGACAACUGGGUAUAGAUGAUUCUACACAAGUGCCUCCUGAACUUUUUGAAAAUGAGCAUGUGCGUAUUGGGCAGAAAGUUCUAGCGCAGCAGGACAGCGCUGCUGCCCAGCAAUACAUCCGACAGGGAAGCCCCACUGCACUGAGAGCCGAGCUCUGGGCGCUCAUUUUGAAUAUCUCUAGUCAGCCUGAGGAUAUCCUGUAUUAUGAGCAGCUGAAAACCAAUGUGAUACAGCAUGACCUUUUGGUGGACAGUCUAAUUUAUAAAGAUGUGAAGCUGACAGCAAGCAAUGAUGAUUACUAUUUUGUAUUUGAAGAUUAUUUAUAUCAGGUGUUACUUUGCUUUUCACGGGAUACGUCUGUACUGGGUCACUUUGCAUACAACAGUGCUUCACCACCGAAAUCAUACAUCAGAGGAAAACUAGGAUUAGAAGAAUAUGCUGUCUUCUAUCCACCCAAUGGUGUCAUCCCUUUCCAUGGAUUUUCCAUGUAUGUUGCACCACUGUGUUUUCUGUAUCAUGAACCUUACAAAUUGUAUCAGAUAUUCCGUGAGAUGUAUGUCCGCUUUUUCUUCAGACUCCACUCCAUCUCCUCUCAUCCUUCUGGUAUUGUGUCACUGUGUUUGCUGUUUGAAACUCUUCUUCAAACGUAUCUUCCCCAACUCUUUUAUCAUCUGCGAGAAAUCGGAGCUCAACCACUUCGGAUAUCAUUUAAGUGGAUGGUUCGAGCUUUUUCUGGAUACUUAGCUACAGAUCAGCUCUUGCUUUUAUGGGAUAGAAUCCUAGGAUACAACUCUCUGGAAAUUCUUGCUGUGCUGGCAGCUGCCGUGUUUGCUUUCCGAGCAGUGAACCUGAUGGAGGUGACAUCACUGGCUGCAGCUGAAGCAGUUCUGGCUGACCUUUCUACUUUAAAAGUCAUGCCUCUUCUUCAAAUUUUUCUGUUUGCUACCGUCACCUGAUCUUCGAGGUUGCUGACACCACCUCUGGUUUUUCAUUAGAAACUAAUCAUGAACUAUGCAAACCUGCAUACAACCAGAAUUAAACUUUGCACAUAAGCCAAUAAAGAUCAUGUUCCCUCCUCGGUUAAAGCUAAGAAAUUUUCACUUUUUAAAACUAUGGCCCUACACAUCAAAUACUGCGCUUGCAUGCUGACGAUUGCCAAGAGAAAAGCAAUAGACACCAGUUCUGCUGAGCCGAGCAUCCUUCAUGCACAGAUUCCUAGCUCAUAACAGGCACGUACCACAUAUGCAAUAAGAACUAAAGACACUGUAAUAAACUUGAAGAGGUAACAUAGCUUCUUGUCAGUUUGUAAACUUCUCCCUAGAUAGUAAUUUUAUUUUAUAAAUUGCUCCCCACUAAAGCUAAUUGGUUGGAUGGGGCUUGAAAAGGCUUGAAAGUAAUUCAUUUGAGUGGGAUUCAAAUGUAUGUUAGUAUUUUUACCAGUUUUAAUUUAUGAUGAUUUCAGACCCUCUCAUUUGGUCUCUCCGUAAGCAUCUCUGUUGGAUACAGGUAUCUCCAGUACUGCUCUGGCUUGUUCUUGUUGUGGACUGUGAGACAGUCUUACAUAGCCCAGGCUCUCCUCAGUUCACUGCGUAGCAGAGAAUGGCUGGAUUCCAGAUCCCCUAGCCUCCAUCUGCCAAGUGCCGGGGCUCCUGGUGUGUCCCACCCCGUCUGCCUCCAUCUGAUAACAGUUUAUUCUUUCCCUUGGAAGUCAGAAAUGUACAGAGGGAUCCCCUUGCACUUCCCAGCCUCCCUUCCUUUACGCAGACAGCACCUCGACACUGCUGACGCCUGGUGCCGAUUCUGUUUCCUUGGAGGAGUACAAGCAGAGGAACAAACCCAGCCCGACUCUGCCGCAGCAUGGUCCUUCCAGACGGAUGUCCGAGCAGAGCAGCUCAGAGACACCGCAAGUCCUCGUUCAUUCUAGAGCGGGAGCUGCUGUGCGCGGCACUGGCCUUUAUUUCAGUGUUUAUUAUAAGCCAAGGGCAUUGUCUUGUUUUAUGUUUCCUAAUGAUAUGCCAUUUCAUACAUGGAAUAAUGAACUGUAAAGGGAGAAAACACUGUCUUCGGAUUGAGGUGAAAAUUGACAAUGCUGAUCACUCUAAUAAAACUCAAAUCAACAGAUUGA